AUGAACGCUAAAUGUAAUAUUUCCACCAACAACAACAACAACAACAACAAUGCUUCCUACAACAACGACAACCCUUCGAAAAACAACUACAACAGCACGUGCUACAUCUACAACAACGCGUGCUACAACAACACCAACAAGAACAACAACGCUUCCUACAACUACAACAACGCGUGCUACAACAACACCAAUAACAACAACGCUUCCUACAACUACAACAACGCGUGCUACAACAACACCAAUAACAACAACGCUUCCUACAACUACAACAACGCGUGCUAUAACAACACCAAUAACAACAACAACAACAACGCUUCCUACAACUACAACAACGCGUGCUAUAACAACACCAAUAACAACAACAACAACAACGCUUCCUACAACUACAACAACAACAACAACAACAAUGCGUGCUACAACAACAAUAGCACCCUCAACAACAAGAACAAUACGAAACUGGGCAUCCUGGGAGCAGUACGUAGCGUGUCAAGUGAGAUCUUGCUCUGAGCAGUGGGUCAGAGACCGGCAAGCUGACAUCAACACGUGCUGUGAUACAGGGAACAACAUGUUUUGUUACCGCCUUCCACGCGAUAGCAUCAAUCAAACACUUUCAAGCUGCUCGACUAUCUGUAAAAAAUGCGACGUUCCUGGAUCAGUGUCCUGUCUGUCCAACUACCACGAUGUCACGUGCUCUCCGCCAGACAAUUUCUGUAUUAACACUGUGGAGGUCCUCUCAGACAAUACUAACGUUUACGA